AUGAACAAGCACUAUGUGAUUGGUCUCAUUUUAUCCUGUCUUUACACUAUUCUGCUUUUCCCAAUUGGAUUCAUUGGAAACAUUAUGAUCCUGGUGAUAAACAUUCGAUUUCGAGAAAAGAUGACCAUCCCAGACUUGUAUUUCAUCAACUUGGCAGUGGCUGACCUCAUCCUUGUGGCAGACUCUCUCAUUGAAGUAUUCAACCUUAGCGAGAAAUAUUAUGAUAUUACCAUCUUGUGCACUUUUAUGUCCCUCUUCCUUCAAAUUAAUAUGUACAGCAGCAUCUUCUUCCUCACAUGGAUGAGCUUUGACAGGUAUAUUGCACUGACAAAAGUAAUGAAAUCCAAUAUCUUUAGGACUAAAGAGCACGCCAGGAUAAGUUGCGGACUCAUCUGGAUGGUGUCCAUCUCUGCCACUUUGCUUCCAUUCACAGCGGUCCAAGUGCAGCACACCGAGGACAGGCAUUUCUGCUUUGCAGACGUUAAGGCAAUCCAGUGGUUAGAAAUUACACUUGGUUUUAUUAUUCCCUUUGUAAUUAUUGGCCUUUGCUAUUCAUUAAUCAUUCGUGUUUUGGUAAGGGCGCACAAACAGCAAAACCUAAGACCAAGAAGGCAGAAGGCCAUGAGGAUGAUUGUAGUUGUUGUCUUGGUGUUUUUUAUCUGCUGGCUGCCGGAGAAUGUAUUUAUAAGUAUCGGACUUCUGCAAAAUGAUGAUAAUGAGCAGAACAAUCAGUCCUUCAGGCAUAACCACCCACUCACAGGUCACAUUGUAAAUCUGGCAGCUUUCUCCAACAGUUGCUUAAACCCACUAAUUUACAGCUUUCUAGGAGAAACUUUUAGAGAUAAGCUACGUUUAUACAUUAGGGAUAAGAGAAGCAUGUCUUCUCUCAACCGAUUCUGCCAAGCUUCCCUUAAAUCUGUUAUUCCCGAAAGCAUGGAACAAUCAGAAGUCAAAUAUAUAUAG